AUGAAUUUUGCGAAAGGGUUGAUUUUUGCUAAUAAAGAUGCGGUGAGACGUGCAUUAACAAUUUACGCCGCAAAGCAUAACAGAAACUUUGUGACUAGUAGGUCGACCACAAGUAGACUGUCUGUGAAAUGCAGCGAUGAAUCAUGCAUGUGGUACGUUGGGGCAGUUGUGAAGCCUGAACUCGGACUAUGGAUGGUCACAUCUUAUAGGGGUCCUCAUAAUUGUAUGCCCCUUGCCACGGCCCUUGAUGGUAGAAUGAUGGAUUGUAAUUUUCUAGCAGAAGAAUUUGUUCCAUUGUUGAAAGAGAAACACACGGCAACAAUUUAUCACCUUAGACAUUUCAUUAAAGGGAAGUAUUAUGGGCAUAUUCUUUCUUACUAUAAGAUAUGGGAUGCGAAACAACGAGGUAUUGUAAAGAUAUUUGGGGGUUGGGAAGAGUCUUACCAAAGGUUGAGAAAGUUAUUGUUUGCAUACUGGGAUCAAGAACCUGGCACCCGUUUCUGGUUUCACACCAUACCCAGGGACGAGUUCGGAUUCAGACAUUGUAAGCCAGUGAUCAGUAUUGAUGGGACCCAUUUGUAUGGUAAAUAUCGAGGGGUGUUGUUGAUUGCAAUGACCACCGAUGCCAACAACAAGGUUUUGCCUCUUGCCUUUGCCGUUGUGGACAAAGAGUCAGGGUCUAGUUGGGGGUGGUUUUUAGAACGCCUCAGGAAUGCACUGGGGGAUGUGAUAGCAGAUAAGGACAUCUGUAUAAUUUCUGACCGACAUAAGGGUAUUCAAAGUGCAAUUGCAAACUGGCCUAGACAUGAUGAUGGACGACAACGAGUAGUUCACAGAUAUUGCCUUCGACAUGUUGCUAGCAACUUCAACACGCAUUUUCAGGACGCCACUUUAAAGUCAUUAGCCUUGAAAGCGGGGUAUGCUACUCAGGAAUCUAAAUUUGAGUUGUACAUGCAACCUAUCAAGGAAGCUGAGAUCGAGGCCCUUAGGAAGAAACGGAGAACCGAGCGGCAGGAAAGUGAACCCGACUCAUCCAUCAUGCCAUACACAUAUCUAAUGAACGAGGAUCUAGACAAGUGGACCCAACUACAUGAUGGUGGAUACCGUUAUGGGGCUAUGACAACCAAUGUCUCGGAGUGCUUCAAUGGAGUACUCAAAGGUGCCCGUGGCCUACCCAUUGCUGCAAUGGUUGAAUUCACUCAUUGCAAACUUGUUGCGUAUUUCCAUGAUCGACACAAAGAAAUUACUCAUGAGCUCUCAAAGGACAAGAUUCAUUGUGGAGGGAUGUGGAUGGUCCAAAGUGGGUGCCUGACCCAAAACUGUUGCGGGGCAAAGGUCGACCUGUGGCGUCUAGGAUACGAAAUGAGAUGGAUGGGGUCCGGCGAGAACCGGGAAGCCGGAGGCCAGAUUCUGACUUGA